AUGACUGGUCGGCAACAGGUGUCGAUAGCGAAGCCAACUGGUCUGGUGUUUGGUGUAGAUUUCCUGGAGCUGAACAUACUGACUCAGGCUGAGUUGGCUAAGAUUCGGGCUAUGUACAACAUACCGAACUCUGUUGUGAUACGAAUUCCAAGGCCAUUGGAGUCACUAAGAAGUCCGGAGUGUGAAGUGGUCUUCUUUAUCAAUGUCUUCAAGCUCGGGCUUCGGCUGCCGUUGAGACAUUCGGUGCAAAAGAUCCUUGCACAAAUUGGCUAUGCCCCUGGGUACUUUAAUCCAAACUUUUGGAUUACAUUGCUGGGGACGAUUACGGCCUUCGGCUGA